AUAACAAAAAAAAAUAAUAAUAAGAUAUCCUUCCCUCCUUCUAUUAUUCCUUUCCUACUUAAGUGUCAACGCUACGUCAGAAUCAAUUCUUGAAAUUUUCAACAGCCUAUUGACUACUUUCUUCAGACAAGUUACUCACCGAUUUUCAAAAAAGACGCAGCUCCUCUUACCAACGUCCGUCGUCUACCGCAGCUCGAACCGGAAUGUGGCUGAAUAAUCAAUUCCUUGGCAGCUUCUGUAUUGUUUUAAAUUGCACCCUGCGAUUUGUCUAGCGUGACGUCAGAAGUCAUUGAGAUUUGAGUCUGUCUGAGUGCAGCUGACACUCCUUGGAUUUACAAACUUAGCCAUUAAGUUUGUAGUGCUAAUUAUUGAUGCUUGGGUUGAAAAGUCCUUUAUAGCUACGUUGAUACUCUUAUUCAAGUGCCAAGUAAGACACUUAUGUUGCUUUGUAAUCCAAGAUGACAGGCAGAAAUAUUAUUUCAAGAGAGCUUUCAGAUUCUAUCCGGCAAUGCCUUGGCCGGAAAGUUAAGCUGACGCUCAAAGCCCUCGUACGAUAUGAGGUCAAGGGGGACAAAACUGAGAACCGUGUGCUGGCAUUUGCGUCAUGUCGGCUGUUUGUGCUCACGGCCAAAGUGCCCACCCGAGUGGACCAGCAUUUCCACUACCUUGACAUCCAGGCCCUGGAGAGCAAAAAGCCAAACCAGCUGACGAUGACGGUGUGCGACCGGUCCUACAGCUACCUGACCAACGGAGACGAGGGCAACAGCCACGAGAUCGACCAGAUGCUCCUGACCCUCGCCAACGCCCUCAGGAGCAUAUUUCCUGCCGUGCCUCUCACACACAUCAUCCGUAAGGUGGAGGUAGAACCGAGCUCCAGGCUACGCAGCAUCCAUGAACGGGAGGAGGCGGCUGGCAUCCACCGCAGCUACCUGGUGGGGGGCUAGAGGGACACAGGGCCGUGUGGGGGGUUCAGCACACAGUACAUGUGCAUGUGUGACUACCAUGCGCUGCCGUACCGUGAGGAGGUCGCCUGGGACGUGGACAACAUCUACACGGCACACGACACACGCGAGCUCUACCUGCACGACUUCGACUACCUCGACCACAAUAGAGGAGCUCUACCUGGACAACAUCUCUGCCAAGCCAGAGUUCGCACACAAGCUGUCGCUGUCGCUGCUGUCGAACAGCUCCCUGCCCCUGCAGAAACUGGACCUCUCGAACAACCCUAUUGAGGAUAAGGGUGCGUCGCACAUCAGCAACCCCAUCGGGCGGCAGUCGAAGGGCCUGGUGCACCUGAACCUGUCCCACUGCGGGCUGACCAGCAAGGGCGUGAACCUGAUCUGCCACAGCCUGACGGUGAACAAGUUCAUGUCCCAGACGCUGGGCUACCUCAACCUCGCCGGCAACUCCUUGAAGGAUGACGUCAACAACCUGCACAACUUCCUGGCACAACCUAACGUCCUGACACAUCUGGAUCUUUGUGCCACUGAGUGCGCCAUAGACGCACUGUUCGGCGCGCUGCUGCGGGGCUGCACGACGCACCUCGCAACGCUCAAGUUGGCCCGCAAUAACUUCUCUGGUGGCGGGGCUGGUGGCGGGGGCGGUGAAGAGGACUGCUCCAUUGAGUCACUGAGCAUGAACGACUCCCGCCUCAAGUCUGAGAUCAACAACCUGCUCAGCGCCCUCGCCAACAACUCCAGCCUCCUCACCCUAGACAUCAGUGGCAACGGCAUGGGUGACGGGGGCGCGCGGCUCCUGGCGAAGGCGCUGCAGAUCAACUCGCGCCUGCAGCAUCUGAGCAUCGACCGUAACUGCAUCACUCUGCAGGGCUACACGGACAUCGCAUAUGCUCUGCAGCAUAACUGCAGCGUGCGGUUUCUGCCGUUCCCGCUGCACGACGUUAGCCUCUGCAUGAAAACAGCGCCCGAGCGCACAGACGCUGUCAUGCGGCGCAUACAAGACGCCCUCCAGCGCAACAUGGCGCCCUCACGCCACGGCUGCGGCGCUCAAGGGUCGUUGCGCCUCCAUCAGGGGCUCCUGCAGAGCAGCGCACAGCAGCAGGUGGCGCGGCUGGUGCUGCAGAGUGGGGAGGCCGCGAGGACCAUGAAGCGCGCCGUCCCUCCUGGGGAGGCGCUACCUCCCCACCAGCAGCAGCUCAGCGACACCGCCGCUGCUCUUUGCGCUGAUGCUGAGACCUCAAAGCAGGACCUGGCGGGGGCGAUGGUGCGGGCCGCUCAGGACGCCUGCCCCGCGCUGCUGGGGGAGCCUCGCGUCCUCACCGCCGUCACCCACGCCGCCCUCCCCGCCGCCCAGGUGCCCGUGAGUGUGGUGACUGUGAUGUCCCUCCCACAGGUGCCCGUGAGUGUGGUGACUAUGAUGUCCCCUCCCUCAGGUGCCCGUGAGUGUGGUGACUGUGAUGUCCCUCCCGCAGGUGCCCGUGAGUGUGGUGACUGUGAUGUGCCUGUGAGUGUGGUGACUGUGAUGUCCCUCCCUCAGGUGCCCGUGCCUGUGAGUGUGGUGACUGUGAUGUCCCUCCCUCAGGUGCCCAGUGGGGAGAGUGGGGUAUCAGGCUGGGGAGGAGGCGUGAGGAAGAGAGCGUCUACUGGCAGUGAGGUGGGGGGCGUUGGGGGGCGGGGGGGCAGCAGUGACAGCAGCAGGAGUGCUGACGUCACAGCUCCUGACGACAGCACCAGCGUCAGGAGCUCCGAGCCCAGCCCCAUGGUGGGUACCUCCUCUUCUGUACACCCUUCAGGGUGGGGGUCCUGCCCCCUUAGGGGAUAUCCUGCUCCUGGGGGUUGCUUUGCCCCCUGGGGAGGCCCCUAUCUUCUAAGGAGACCCGUGCCUCCUGGGGAGACUCGUGCCUCCUCCUGGGGAGACCCGUGCCUCCUGGGGGAGACCCGUGCCUCCUGGGGGAGACCCGUGCCUCCUGGGGGAGACGCGUGCCUCCUGGGGGAGGUGCUGUACCCCACGAGGCUCCUAAUGCCCCAUGGGGCGCUCGUGUUCCUUGCCUCAAGCUGCUGA